GGUCCAGUAGAUACGGGACAACAAAAGUUUGGGAAGUAGGCUGCCACUUAGGGGAAUAGUCCAAGUUGGCCAUAGUUUCUUUAGUCCAAUUCAGCCUUAUCAAAUCACCAAAGUGUAUUAUAGUAUCAGCGUGGAGUGUAAUGUUUGUAGUCAAAUGGUUUAUUUUACUUCUCUCAAAUAUGCGAAAAUGCGAUGGCAGUCAGGGUUUUUUUUGGCACAGCAGCUCUUGUGAGCGUCGUUUGUAAAGAAUUGUGCCUUGUUGUGCUCCCACCCCCCGCUCCGUGCCGCACUGGUUCCGUCUGGCUCGCCCUCAGCUGCUGCGUGUCCUGGGAUGACCUGUUGAUGUCGGUAGAAUGGAGAAUGGCAGGGGGAGCGAUUUCCCCCAUCACCAAAAUAUUUAAAUAAGCAACAUUUGGGCUUGACAACCGGCGUCGCAGCACAGCUACCUCGUCUGCACAGGCAGAACACACCGUCGCCCUCACCCGGGUAUCACCGGGGCUUGCUGCCAUCCUGUGUCGCCCCCCUCCUGUCGCCUCCCGGCUCCGGUGCCAGCAGACAGCGGAGCUCUCCCGGCGGAUAGACUGGCACACGGCACGACCCUUUGGUGGUGUGCGUAGGCGCACCAUGGCCCAGACCCUCCAGAUGGCGAUCCCAAACUUUGGCAACAAUGUUUUAGAGUGUCUGAAUGAGCAGCGGCUGCAGGGCCUCUACUGCGAUGUCUCCGUGGUGGUCAAGGGCCAUGCCUUCAAGGCCCAUCGAGCUGUGCUGGCUGCUAGCAGUUCUUAUUUCCGGGACCUUUUCAGCAGCAGCAAUAAUGGAGGUGGGAGCAGCAAUGAGACGAGCCCAACUGUAGUGGAGCUCCCGUCGGCUGUGCAGCCCCAGAGCUUCCAGCAGAUUUUGUCUUUCUGCUACACAGGCCGUCUCAGCAUGACGGUGGGGGAUCAGUUUCUCCUCAUGUAUACUGCCGGCUUCCUGCAGAUCCAACAGAUCAUGGAAAAAGGCACUGAGUUCUUCCUCAAGGUCUCUUCCCCAAGCUGCGACUCCCAGGGCCUUCACGCUGAGGAGGCCCCACCUUCUGAGCCCCAGAGCCCUGUGACGCAGACGAGUAACAGUGCAGGCCGGCCUGCCUCCUGCCUGACACCACUACCUCUGGUGUCCCGAGUGAAGACAGAACAGCCAGCUAGCCAGCCGGAAGCAGCCACUCCUUACUCAGUGGUCUGCACUCCUGUGGCCAAGCGGCUUUGGGAAGGUGGCAGCAGCCGAGAUGGAGGCUCAGGGGGAGGAGGUGGCGCUCGAAAAGCAGCCCGUUAUUCCCAAGAGGCGGUGCGGGGUAGUGCCAUUCAGAGCCCCGGAGCCCUCGGACUGGCCAUGGGUAUGGGUGCCAACGUAACCAGCCUCGCCGGCAUGGUGGCCAGUGGCGGCACCAACGGGAGCUAUACAACAGGCCUCGGCAUGUCAGAGGGUGCCAGCCCCGGCACCCUCAGCACCUACGCCAGUGACUCACCCAUCAGCUACCAUGAUGAUGAAGAAGAGGAAGAGGGGACAGAUGAAUGUGCUGAAGAGCAGUAUAGGCAAAUCUGCAACAUGUAUACCAUGUACAGCAUGCUCAACAUGGGAGCCGCAGCAGCUGGUGAGCGUGUUGAGGCUCUUCCAGACCACACAGAGACACGGGGUCGAAUGCGAGGCAGAGACCUUACAUGUCUCCCCGCAGAACUCAUCGCUCAGAUAGGCAACCGUUGUCAUCCCAAACUGUACGAGGAAGGAGACCCUGCUGAGAAACUAGAGUUAGUCUCAGGUACUUCUGUGUACAUAUCGCGAGCCCAGCUAAUGAACUGUCACGUGAGUGCAGGGACCAGACACAAGGUGCUGCUCAGGAGGCUGCUGGCUGCCUUCUUUGACAGGAAUACUCUGGCCAACAGCUGUGGAACAGGCAUCCGCUCAUCCACCAACGACCCGAGCCGCAAGCCCCUGGACAACAGAGUUCUGCAUGCGGUCAAAUUUUAUUGUCAGAACUUUGCCACCAGCUUCAAAGAGAGCGAGAUGAAUGCCAUCGCAGCCGACAUGUGCACCAACGCCCGACGCGUGGUCCGUAAGAGCUGGAUCCCCAAGCUGAAGCUACUGAUGGCUGAGAGCGACGCCUACACCGCUUUCCUUCCUGAAGGUGUCAAGAUGGAGCAUGACACCCUGGGGGCGGAUCCAGCCUUCGACCCCUCCUCUCUGGAGGCCACCGGCAGUGCCGACAUGGAGUCCGGUGGCUCAUCAGGUGAAUCGCUACCAGGUGUGGGCGGGGAAGGAGGACCGUUAUUUUGAACAUUGUGUCCGGGGAAGGUUGAAAUUUGGUGACACGCAUACCAGUAUUCCCCAGUUCUGCUUGCCUCCUCACACUUUGGCCCACGCUGAUCUCUCACAUCUGACUGUCUAUACUACACUGCUAGGGUCAACAGUUGUUGUUACCCUGAUGUAACCAGGACAUAAAAACUUUAAUUUUUGCUUUAUGACUGUACAAUGGAGUUAGUUGAGGAAAGGGAGAGAGUGAGAGGGUUUUCUCCAAACUGCCCUCUGCCUCCCCUUGUCUUUUUAAGGUGUGUAAGCGCAUCCACUGUUUAAUAUUAAAUACAUUCCCUGAAAUGCAGGUGAUGGAAGGGAGGUGGUGGGGGUUGCCAGGGCAGCCUGAUGAGGAAAGGAUGGAUGGAUGGACAGGCUAGGAGUUGAUGUGGCGAGUAUAUUGAAUGUAAGUGUCAGUGGCAUUUUUCUCUAUGCAACCCUGACAACUUGUAUUCCAGCCUAGGAAAAUAAACUAAAUUUAAAAUAGAUACAAUAAUAGACAUUAACACGACCUGUUCUUCCUCCCCUUGCAUCUUCCACUCAUCACCCUGCAAGUAUUCUUCACCACAUCACUUUUCUCGAGACCAGAGAAUCUCACCUGAGUGUUUCACUGUGCAGUGUCUUAUAGAAAUGUAUCUCAUCUUUCUGUUUUCUAAAUUUGUAGCAUGUUUCUUCGUCUAUGAACUGAAUAAGUGAUCCAGAGAGAAGGGGAAAGCUUUUUACUGAGAUGAUUGUAAAGAAAAUUUAAAGGGCAACAGGUAAUCAAAGAUGGUCAUAUUUUUAGAAGACAAACUAUAUUUAUACAAGUGCCCAUGCCUAGAACGGUGUGAGCAAAGAGAGUGAGAGGGAUUGUUUUAAAAUCUCGAUCUUCAUGUUUUAUUGAAAGAGGUCUUGUCAAAUAAGGAAAGUGCUAUUUUUGCAUUAAAAAAAAGAGUAUAAUAAAGCAGUCUUAUCAUAAGACCCAUAGUCAUUUAUUUUUAUCUUUAUUUGACAGUGCAGAGUGAUGGAAUGAGCAGUUGAACUGCUAAAUUUGAAGCAUUUCAUCUUCUUUUCACUAGCUUAAAAGGAAUAAUAAGACUGAUUCAGCUGGCUUGACUGUUGUCUGGGAACCAUUUGUUGUUAGGUCGUGAACCUGUAACGUUUGCCUCCUUCGAUAAAACAUUGGCCCACAAUUUUGAAGGUUACUGAUCUGACAGCUCGGCUAGUUUCUUCUUUGUACUGAAAUUAUUGAGAAGGAAAAAAAUAACUGCCGACAAAUGCAAAAGUCACAGGAAAUAAUGAUAGAAAAUUGGAACGUGAAUUUAAAUAAAUAAGCAGAAUGCUGGUGGGUACAGUGAUGUCAUGAGGAAGCGAUUAUGCUUGAAGCAAAUGGUAUAGUGGUUUUAUGGUACUAUCCACGUGUGUGUGGUAAACAGUUCUUUGGCAAAGAAGGAGAGCCUGUAUUUGAGUAUGUAGUUUAUUCAUGUAUCUAAUGCACCACCUCUUUUAAUAUGGAAAUUCAAAAUGGCUGACAAUUUUAUUUUAGAGUUUGAAAUGAUUUUGCACCUUAAUGAGAAGAACCAGCGGUUCAUGCACCUUUUUUGAGAAAUGUUGUGUAGCAAUUGAACUCCUUUAGGUGGAAUUUGUCUUCUUUUUUUUUUUGUUUCCAUGUCUGCCUUUUGUUUCUUGUUAAGAAAGUGGCACAAAUUCCUACUGUAAAUAAUCAAGACGACUGUUGAGUUAAAAUCCCAAGUGUUCUUCCUUUCUGUUGCUGGAUGCAUCUGAUUGUGAAAUGUCAAAAACUUUUCUUUUUUUUUGUACGUGAAAGUUUGUAUUUGCUUGAAGCUUUUUGAAUGACCUGUAAGAGAUCAGCACAGGGAUUCGUUAUUCCUGUUGCAGAGGGAUAUAAGUGAACAUGGUCUGGGUGUGACUUAUAAGGAAUGUGUUCUUAACCUGAAAUGCUCUCACAGGCGACUGAUUACUUGCUCCUUCUCGAGGAGCAUUUCUCAAAAGGUUCUAUUUUUCAGGGUAAAAACCGGGAAGGAAUUGAUGCUUCUUAUUCAAGGCAGUUCAGUCAGUCUUAUUGAAAAAAGAACAAGAAGCAUGAUAGAUGAAACUCAGCUUAUUUCAUUAUUGAUUGCAAAUGAUCAGGAUGAGUUCACUGAAAUGGUGUGACCUGAUGGUAUAUGGACAGAACAAAAAUGCAGUACCUCGUAAGUAUUCUGUAAUUAAGGGUAAUGACAACAAAACCUCAGUAUGCUCUACAUUUGACUGUAGAUGCCACACGAGCACCCCUCCCCCACAUACCUCUCCAGUACCUUUGCAGACUGCUGUGCUUCCUGUCCUUCAUGCAGCUGGUGUCGUGUUUCACUUCCACAAGUUUAUUCAUGUGUUUCAGAGAGAGGCAAAGCAGUGGUUUUAGAUGGUUAAAUCCAAAUUAUAAUAUGUACGUUGAAUUAGUUUAGUGGCUUUUCACCGGGAAAAGUUUACAGUUCAAAUUAAAUUACUUGUUUUUCCCCAAUAUUUGUUUUAAUUACGACACUACUUAAGUCAGUGUAUUUAAAUAACUAUAAUCCCUUUUUAAAUAGUUUGCUGGGAAAUCACAUGAUGAUAUACAGAAAACAUAUAAAGAAUAAGUAUAUCAAACUCAAGCUUUUCAAAAUAAAUAGUACUAGAUUCCUACAUUAAAGUUAAAGGACCUAAGACUUCUGAAUUAAAUUUUAAGGAGCUUUUGGGACAUUCAACCUAGCAAUGAAAUGUAAUUCUAUCUUCCUAUAUAAAAUAAUAAAGAUCUAAAAUAAAAAACAUUAAAUAAUAUCUUAUUUUGUAUAAUGGCUACUAAAUAUGUCAAUGUUCCUGCCUAAAGAAAUAAAAAAACAGGUAUGAAGUACUCUUAAAAUGUCUGAAUUUAGUUCUAUGAUAAGAGGCGUUAGUGGAAAAACAAACAUGGAUUCAAAUUUAAAGAAGCUUUUAAAACAAGAAUCAAUUUAGAUUAUAUUCUUACAGUAAGCAUGUUACACAGUGACCUACUGAAUGACUCGUACUCCAUUCAGUCACUAACUACAGCUGAAAUAUCACCAUUGAUUCUAAAGAAGCCUUGUUAGUCUGCUGUUACAGCGCAGCAGCCCAGUGCACAUACAGAAAUGUCACGCACCCAGUCAGAAUAUCCUGCAAUUGCGCCUUAUUUGCCUAGAGUAGAGAUAACAAUGGUUACGGUACUUGUCAGGGGUUUUAUCCAUAGUCGAUGUUAAGUUCUCUGAUGUCCAAAAAGUCCCUCACUCACAACCUACUUGCACACUGCUUCAUCUGCAAGAGCUGUGUGAGAGUUUUACUUUGUGUGCAUUUGAGAAAAGAACGAUUUCAUGCUUCUUUUUUUCUGUACGUUCUAAGCAAAUUGUAAUUUCAACGUAUGUGUUUACACUUCACAAAACAUGUAGACCUACACACUUGAAUGGAUAAGGUGUGGCACGGCACAGUGAACGUUUUGUCACUAAACAGUACAUAUAUAAAUAUGAUUAUACACAUGUAUAGAUAAAUACUGUAUAUUAUAUAUAGACGCACACAUAGAGGUCAGAUUGUUUGUUGUGCACUCGCAGCAUGAGGUAUAUAUUUACCCAGAAACGGCGCUUCUUCACAACCUGUGCAGUAACUGGUCUGCCCAUGUCUUUUCCCCUGCUCUUUGCCCUCUGUAACCCUGUAGCGCCAGUGGACAUCUUGUACUUCUCAUCCUAUUUCUUUCUGUGUUCCAAGUGCCAAUAACUUUGUGAAAGCCCUGUAACUGUGACCCAACAUUAUCAAAGGUAAUUGCACAUUAACAACUGUAAAAUAAAUAAAUACAAAUCAUAGAGAACAAUGUCAAAAUGGAUUAAAUAAUGAAUAUCUUAAUAAAAGAUUUGUAACAAUU